GGAGCUAAGACUUCCGGAUCUAGAAGGCUUCAGGGAGGAGGUCAGGAAUCAACCCUUCCGAUCAAUGGAGGCGUUGAGCAACUGGGGUCCUAUUACGUUACACUGCAGCUGGGUUCUCAGAAAGAAUCAUUGAACACCAUCAUUGACACUGGAAGCGACCUGUUGUGGGUCAGGUGUACUGGCUGUGCAAACUGCCCUCCAGAUACAAGACUAGCGCAAGAGGGAGUUCUUCAGGGAAAUAUAAUCUCACAUUGUUUGGGUGGAGAGGAUGGUGGCGGAUUUAUAACCUUUGGCGCGCCUCCUAUGGCUGACUCGAGCAUGCAGUUUGUCCCUAUGGGGAAUGACACCACGGUGUACAAUGUGACGAUAUUUGGUAUUCAGGUGAAUGGUAUGGAUCUGCAAAUUCCUGCUGGCACAUUUUCUGGAACUGGUGGUAUCAUUGACAGUGGCAGCACUGCGCUCACGCUCCCAGAAGCAGCGUACACUCCCCUCAGAGAAGCAGUAGGUUCUCUUUAA